CGGACACGUGACUAUGACGAAUACCAGUUCUUCUUUCUUAUUGGCUGACAAAAUUGAAAGAUGCUCUUAUUUACCUAUCAAGAACGUGUUCGGGUUGUAGUCCGCUAACAUAGCCGAGACGAUUAAUUGGUUGGUUCCUUUGAUAAUAAACAAAAUAGUGAUUCAUUUUUCUUCAGCUGAUGGCGUGUUGUUAUCAGAGUGCAUGUGUUUAGGUUAGAAGUAGUUGUUUAUUUGUAAUAUAAUUAAAAGAUGAUUUGGCGGCAAUUAUGAGCAUUUGCUGAGAUAAACAAUUUCAGUUUGGCUGAUGGCUGUGAAUGAAGACUAGGUUAGAGGUAGCAUAUGUUAUAGGUUCCUAAUUUCCUAAUAAUUUUACGCAACAAUGCUUUUGAUAAACAGAAUGCUGAUCAGUGUAUUUAUUCAAGUUUGCAUUUGUAUAUUCAUUGGUAGUGUUUCUGCUAAAGAAGACGACCUCACGGCUGUUAUCGUGAUUUACCGACAUGGUGAUAGAACCCCCAUUAAACCUUAUCCCAGCGACCCAUAUGGAAAUGAAUCUUUUUGGCAAGUAGGUUUUGGACAACUGACAAAUCGCGGUAAACAACAACAGAAAGAAUUAGGUCAAUGGCUCCGGCAACGUUACGACAACUUUCUACCAAAAGAAUACUCUGAAAAAGAUAUCUACGUACGUUCUACUGACGUAGAUCGUACGCUAAUGUCUGCCGAGGCCAAUCUUGCUGGAUUGUAUCCCCCCACUUCCAGUCAAAUGUGGGAUACAAACCUGAAAUGGCAACCAAUCCCAGUACAUACUAUGCCAGAGCGUGAAGAUGCACUUUUGGCAGGCAAGAAACCUUGCGCUCAAUACGAGAUGCUUUUGAAGAAACUUCUAUCUUCUGAUUAUUUCAGAAAUAUAACUCGACAAAACCAUGACUUGUACGCAUAUCUAUCAAGAUAUUCUGGGGACCAUAUCAACUCACUGGAAAGGUUGGAGUAUCUAUACAGCACACUGACCAUAGAGACAGUAAAUAACUUCACUCUCCCCGAUUGGACGAGAUCGGUGUACCCUGAAAAGCUGCGUCCUUGGGCGUUCCUCAGCUUCGCCACACAAGCCUACACCCCUGCUCUUCAGCGAUUCAAAACUGGUCCUCUUUUCAACUUCAUCACCACCUACUUCAAAAACCACACCGUGAAAGACCCCAACACACCGAAGUUCAUGAUUUUCUCCGGCCACGAUACCACCAUUGCCAACGUUCUCAACACAAUGGGUGCAUUCGAGUACCACGCGCCACCAUACACCAGCACCAUCUUGAUGGAAAUGAGGGCUAAGGAGGAUGACACGUACUAUCUCAGCAUGUUCUAUAAAAACACCAGUGAGCCGAGGGAGAUACGUUUGAAGGGAUGUCAGAUAAAUUGCAGUCUAACAGAUUUCAUCUCAAUCCUGAAACCUGUCACGAUAUCCUUGGACCAAUGGGACGAGGAAUGUAAAAUUUCUGUUCCUAUCAACGUUUUUGGUGAAACUAUGUUCUAUAUUGCAGGCGUUGUGUUGUUAAACAUGGCUCUGUUUACGAUAGCUUUAUUCAUAUGUAUUAAAAGAUGUAAAAAUGAUAAACAACAAAUGAACUACAUUCAGUUACCAGAUGAAGAAUAUGCUUAGGUAUGAUUUAAUUAUUAUCACAGUGAAAUUGGACAUGAAUCUAGUGUAAAUAUUUCAUAUCUGUUUUUCCUGGACCAUGAUGCCCCAAAUAACACUAAGAUAUUUGUUAAUUUUAGUUCAAAAUUCCAUCAAAACAACACUUGAAAUUUUGUAUUGACAAAAUUUGUUAUCAAUUUUCAGAAACCACAAACUUGAAGAAGUCUAGAGGGACUUUCUGAUAAUGUUUCCCUUAAAAGUCAUAGAAUUUUUUGUUUUCUAACUUUGUUUAGCUGUGAUGGCAUUUAAUACUGCUGAAUUCACAUUGAAAGUGGAAUACUGGGGUAAAUAUGUAGUUUAAAUAUCCUGAAAUUUAGAAAGUAAUUUUGUUAACAUAAUUCGAUGUUUUAUUAGUUCAUAUUUUACAUAUGUAUGUUUUCUUUUUUGACUUUGAGAAGACUUUGAAGGCUUGUGAAUGAGUGUGAAAUGUAUAGUUGUAUGUGUAGCUUCAUAAAUCCAGAGAACCUUAUGCAUUUCAAUAUCAGUUAAUUCACCUAGCAUCAGAAACUGAAAAAAAAUUAAUACCAUAAUGGAAUAUUUUGUGCAAUUUUAACCAAAGGAUCACAAAGGAGUAAGAAGAAAGAUUUUUUUGACAAGGUUAAAUGGAAAAUGUCUAAGAAAAAGAUGCAAGGUAUAUGAAUUUGAGAUGCAUUUAGUAGGAUGAAAUUUAUGUUUCAUGAAAAACAAUUACAAUUAUUUUGAUAAUCGGGAUCAACAUCACAUAUCCAUAAAUCUUCAGAAAGUUCGAAUAUAUUUAUAUUUUGAUAUUAUGUUCAAGAUGUUAAAAGAGUAUCGUUUAUUUAAAAAUGGCUUUUUGUUACACUUCUACCACAACCAUGUGAUAUUCUUAUAAACAUUCCAACAUUAAAAGCAGUGAAAUCUAAUGUGUAUUUAUGCUGUUAAACUGGUUGGUCUUUAUCGUAAAUUAAUUUAAAUUACUAAACAAAAAUGUAUCUACGAAAUGGUAUGAUAAUAUUCAAAUUUUUUAAUAGUGGUGCUGGUAAAAAUAAUAUUUAGGUCACCAACACAGAUAAAAAAAUUGUUUCUAAUUGACUUACCAAAAUUAUUUUAUCAAGCACUUGAUUGCUCAAUUAGCUAUUAUUUAUAAGGAUAAAAAGAUAAAUCUUACAUCGUUGCAUGAGUAUACUAUCUUAUUAGCAUAGUAAUCAAUUAUCAGUUUGCGAUAUUUGUUUUCUUUACAUUUUUCGUUGUAUUGUAUGUAAUACCUAUAGUCCUGCCAAAAGCAUCGUUUUAAGGAAAAGUGAACAGUGACAUUAUCAAUCAAGCACACAUAAAACUAGUGUAACUCCAUGAGUUAGUGUAAUAUAGGUUUGUCUGCAUGUUCAUGUUUUAAUAGCUUAGUUUUGUAGGUUUGGUAGAAUAUGUUGGUGACAUGUUUGUGGAUAGAGUUAAAAAGGAUUUGGGAGGUAACAUCCGUUUAUGGGACCUAAUUUGUUAUUAUGCUGUUUUAAGUAUAUGUACAUGGAUAUUGUAAGGCCAAUUUGGUGCAUAAUCCAUUGCACAGGUUAAGCACAUUUCCACAAAAAAAUACUAAUAUAACAUCAGCUGGCCUUUUUAGAAUUAACCCGAAUGCAGCUGAUUGUUUUAUCAAAAUGGAAAAUGUUUCCGAAUAACAUUUAAUGCAAAGAGAAUUCUCAUAAUAUCAAGAUUUUAUGGAUUUACACCAAAGAGGUCAUGCACCCUAUAAUUGUGUUUUAUCAUUAAGACAAAAAUAUAAGUUAUUUUUAUGUAUCAAUGGGCAAAUAAAUUUAGCUUGCUGUGAAGAA